UCCUGUCCUCACCACUACUACCACCAGGUAGAACUUUUCCGACCCGACAGCCACCAAAAUGGCCGGAAUCCUCUCGAUUCCACCACCCAUUACCGUCCUUCUCCUCCUCCUCCUCCUUCUUUCAAGUGAGGCUUUCGCUCUGCGAGCAUGGCGAGAGCCCACUCUCACGACUGCCAAACUCAACCCUAGCGGUGCCCCUGCCCCCUCGCUGCUGACGGAGUCGAAGCGGUACGAGGGGUCGUCGGACCUGGUGAAGCUCCGGUACCACAUGGGACCAGUGCUCACCAACUUCAUCAAUGUCCACCUCAUAUGGUACGGCUCCUGGUCCCGGCCCAGCCAGCAGAUCAUUCGCGACUUCAUCGUCUCGCUCUCUUCGGAGUCUAACCCUGCUGGCGGAAAGAAGCCGGCGACUUCCACGGUGUCGAACUGGUGGCGGACGGUGCAGCUUUACACGGACCAGACCGGCUCGAACGUUAGCAGCAGCGUACGCAUCUCCGGCGAAUUCCACGACUAUCGGUACUCCAACGGCAAGUCGCUCACCCGCCUGAGCGUCCAGUACGUCAUCCGCAACGCCGUGACCAGCAGCCGCGGCGCACUACCCAUCGACCCCAAGAACGGCAUCUACCUGGUCCUCACCUCGCCGGACGUUCAGAUGCAGGACUUCUGCCGCGCCGUCUGCGGCUUCCAUUACUUUACCUUCCCGUCCAUCGUCGGUUACACCCUUCCCUACGCCUGGGUGGGAAACAGCGCUACCCAGUGCCCGGACACCUGCGCCUUCCCGUUCGCGCUGCCGGCCUACAUGUCUGGCAAGACGGUGGCGCUGCGUCCCCCUAACGGCGACGUGGCCGUCGAUGGGAUGAUCAGCGUGAUCGGGCACGAGAUCGCCGAGCUGUCGUCCAACCCGCUUAUCAAUGCUUGGUACGCCGGUGAGGACCCCACGGCGCCGACGGAGAUCGCUGACCUCUGCGAGGGCGUCUACGGGACCGGUGGCGGCGGGGCGUACAUCGGUCAGGUGUUGACGGACGGCGCCGGAAGGCAGUAUAACAUGGUCGGAAAGGGCGGCCGGAGGUUCCUGGUUCAGUGGCUGUGGAGCCCCGUCGUGAACUCCUGCGUGGGGCCCAAUGCCUUGGAUUGAUUGGCAAUUUUGGACGGUUCUGUGCUUGCUCGUGAAUCGCGGCCCACUUGAUGCAACGGCAGGGGAGAGACGGGCGGUGGAAAAUUCGCAAAGGGCUGGGAUUGAAACCUAAAAAAACAAAAUUUUUUUUAUUAGGUUAAUAGGGUUAAAAAAAAAAAGAGAACUUGUUUUUUUUUUUCCUUUUUAUAUAUUUUUUUGUCAUUUCUCUCGUUUCUGGGGUCAGGAAAUGUGGGUUUUCCCCCUCCUUUUUCCUUUUUUCUUGGUGUAGAGGUAGAAAUAAUGUGAAUUUUUGUUGUUCUUUUUCUCCUCUGUAUAGUAAUUUUUGUUGAUCAAUAAUGAUAGAAUGAGCAAUGCUACUGUGCUCCUACAGUUGUGUGA